UCAAACGACGUCGUCUCUUUCUCUCUCUCUCUCUCUUUCUCUCUCACAUGGGUUGCUGCCUCAGCUCCGGCACCGCCGAUCGGAAAAAUGAGAACGUUACCGACAAGAACAACACGACCAUUGUCGAGGAAGAAACAGUCGUGAAAGAAGUGUUGUCGGAGACAACCUUGCUCACUACUUCCUCUAACAUCCACAAUCCGGCGAUCGAUGAUCCGGUGAAAACGAAGAACCGAGAAACGGAGGAGAAAAAACUCAAACUUGCUCCGGACUCGGUUAUGAUCCGACCCGAUUCGAUUGACCCGGAAGAAGGAUCGGAGGUUUCGGAGAUUUGUAGCUUGAGCUUGAGCGAGAGUGUUUCUUCGACGGCUGUGAUGAAUGUGUACGACGAGGAAGAAGUGAAGCUGAAGCAGAGGAAAUCUCAGAGAUCUCCGGCUAAAUCUCGGACCCGGGUCGCAGGUAAUAAUUACCCGACCCGAAGAACCGAUCAAUCUCCUCGUAAGAGAAAUAUCGGUACGUGUAAUGGAGCGAGAUUCGGGUCGGGCACGAGAGACCCGGGUGAGAGAUCCGGAAGAAGGUCGAGAUCGCCGGCGACGAAUAGAUCCAUGAUGGAUUCGAAUCAGAGUCGGGUGGGUGGGGCUAAGAGUAGAAAAAACAAUCAGUCUCCGGCUCGGGUUAGGAUAGAUCCGAAUAAGAACGGGUCGGAUCAGCAACAGUAUCAGAAUUACGGUUAUACCACUGAGGAGUUGUUAGAGAACCCGCUUGUUUCGUUAGAGUGUUUCAUAUUUCUCUGAAAAGAGAAUAUUCCGGGGAAUAAGUUUUCUCUUUUUUUUUUUUGGGUGUGAAAUUUCUCAUUUGAUUUUUUUUCAAGUAAAUUUUCUCAUUUUUACACUGGAUUGUAAUUCGUAAAGCUACUUACCUUACCUCUGUAAUUCAUUUGUGUAAUACUUUUGUGCUGAUCAAAAGUUGUAAUUUGCUUGAAUGAUG